AUGCUACCGAUAACUCUCAUCAAUGAAAUGGACAAUAUGGACCAGGUAUGUGCGGAUGUGUCGAUCAUGGAUGGUUGUUCGAUAUCCACAAGGAUAUGCUCCACCCCCGAACAAACGGCUUUGAAGAAGAUGAUUGAGCAGUUGUGUGCUUCAAGGCAGGCAUAUGACCACUAUAAGAUCUGCUUGAAAACUGUUGCCACCAGUCAGCAGGGAACCUCAUGCACUUCGGAAUUCAUGUCGUCAACCCCAGGAAGCCGUUGCUCAUCCUUACAAAAUGCUGCAAAUUGCAUAGCGAAACAGGUACGCGACUCGUGUGGUGACGAUGCUUUGACUUAUUCCUUUGCUGCAAUGAAUGAUUACGCAAGAAUGAUUGAUGGAAAAUGCAGGCGGUUGAUCAUAUUGAAAACACGAAAUAAUAUUGACAAACUCCAGAUCGAUAAACCAUCAGUAUCGAUUGCGACGGGAUGCUCGGAGCAAGAUAUGGUCGCAUACCUAUCAUGCGAAAGCUCCAUCGAUCCCUUCAGCUUCCGACCCAUUUCCAUCAUUGGGUGA